GUCGACCCAUUGCAUGUAAAGGCAGACAGUAGUGCAUGUGGUGAAUUUGAAUCAACUACUUCAUGUCAAUGCACUUUGUUACAAAACCCUGCCAUUCCACUGAGUGGGGUUGAAUUCACAUUAUAUACAUAAUGAUACAUACUGUACAUGACGUUUUCAAAACCAAACUGCGCAAUUAAUGCCAAACGAACGUGAACAACCAAGGUAUAGAAAAUCAACAGACGGCUUUUGGAAUCAGUUUCAAUGCGGCGGUCCUUUGUUGCACCCUUUCCAGGGAGCCUGGGAGAUGAGUUAAAGUUCGGUCCAUACAAAAUACAUACAAAUGUGUACGUGACAUUUUUAAAAAAUAUACUGCACAACAAAAUCCAUGCAUGUGGGAAAGCUAACACCGGUAUUUUUGUUGACACCUACACAAUUACAGUUCACUUGACACAGGAGGCACGCAAACAGUUUCAAAUUUUGCAGGAAAAGAGUCAUUGCACCAAGUUGCGAUGGACUUUUCCUGUAUGGUUUGGACAGCCUGGUCAACUAGUAACCGCCACAGUUGUUUUAAAAUGGUUCUUUCUGCACUCAGUUUUUAUAGGCUUCUUCACGUCCGAUGGAAGUGAAAAUGACAACGCACGUUGUUAAGCCUUUGAAACAGUCCUGGUCAUCGGCUUAUGGUGAACAAGGGGCUACUGUGUCAUCCAUCACUGUCUUGCACUGGCUGGCUUAAUGGGAUCAGCAAGCCCAUUAGGUUUUCACUGAAUCAGGGCAUCCGAGUGGACCACUUCGUGUGAGAGUGCUGGUUAUGUCCAUGCGCACUAUAAAAUAUGCCGGGACCUUACGUUGUCGACACAGACACUUUGUUCCUUCCAUUAAGACGUGCCAAUUAACCGAGCCUACCAGCAUGACAUAAUUCACGUAAAGUUUAAAUUACUCCAUAAUGCAUAUCACAGUGGUUGGAGCUUUAAAGUCGGGUGCCAAAGGUCAUAUACUGGCAUUGUGGACGUGGUAUUGACACAAUGCCGUUAUACUAUCACGAUUGUACAUCAUAUUGUGAAGCGCUUUGGGUUUCAUUGUGAGCAACGCGAGUGUCUGUUGCUGCAGUACGAGACGACUAACGCCACGGUAAUAGUGCGACAUGUUUCACAGACCUGCCCGUGUUGAUCGGCGUGUACGCGGGGGCCGCCAGGCGGCUUACAAGGAUCUUCACGUAUGGGUUCCUAGAGUGCACGGCUAAGUUAUGAGGCAACUCAUCUGACGAAAAGGUGUGAAGACGACAAAUAUUUCAGCUUUUUCAAACUGUGAUGUUACGUGUACACCUUGAUUGAAAGACAGGAGAAGCGUCGGUCCAAGAUUCCUUCGGCAGCAUCUCUGACAAGUCACAUUUUAUCAACGAUGUACUUCCUCAAGAAUUUGGUGCGUCUGAAGACGGUCGAAUUAAACCCAGAACACGAACCACUUCGGCGAUGUCUGAGCACGCUAGAUCUCACACUCCUUGGUAUAUCGUCCAUGGUGGGCGUGACUUUGUACGUUCUGACAGGUGUUAUUGCUAGUACAGCGGGGCCAUCCGUCAUACUGUCUUACAUUUUUGCCUGCACAGCGGCCAUGUUUGCAGCUUUGUGUUACGCAGAACUCGGUAGCAUCUUCACAAGAACCGGUUCGGCUUACGUAUUCACUUACUCCACCAUAGGCGAGUUACCAGCUUUCAUCGCUGGCUGGAGUAUAAUCCUGGAAUAUUUGUUAUGUUGUGCAGUUUUGGCCCGUGGAUGGUCUGGUUACCUGGACUCAAUGCUUGACAGUCGAAUACAAAACUACACACGGAUGGUCUUACUUGGAGGAGAGUAUUGGAAGUCACCUCUAUUCGCUCCUUAUCCAGACAUAGUUGCUGGGAUGUUCCUGGCUGUUUUCGUCGUUAUCAUAGCGUUGGGUGCGAAAACCAGCGCGAAUUUCAACAAAGCCUUUGUUGCCGUCAAUUUGACCAUUGUUACUUUAAUAGCGAUCGGGAGUUUCACGUUGGCUGACGGCAGAAACUGGUCAGACUAUGGAUUCUUCCCAAAUGGAUUUGGAGCGACAGUGUCGGGUGCUGCCGUCGUAUUUAUUGGAUUUGUUGGUUUCGACAUCAUCGUCGUUUCGGCCGAAGAGGCCUUGGACAGUCAGAAGAGUGUGCCCCGUGCCGUCAUUAUCUCUAUUGUCGUUGCUGCAUUAAUUUACAUACUAGUGUCAAUGAGUUUAACCCUGGGUGUACCGUACUAUGAGAUUGACCUUCGUGCCGUUUUGGCAACACCGUUCAAAUAUCACGGGUUGCCUUGGGCGACGCACGUUGUCGAUGCGGGUGCGCUGUGCGCCAUGAGCGCAUGCCUAGUAAGUGCCACCUUUGCUUUACCAAGAGUGGCGUACGCAAUGGCCACAGAUGGUAUCUUCUUCAAGAUUUUCGCCAACGUUAAUUCCACCACCCAUACUCCAUUAGUGUCAACUUUCUUCUUUGGGUCCGUAUCUAUAAUUCUUACAAUAUUACUUGAUGUUAACACACUGUCCAGUGUGCUGUCCAUUGGUACUCUAACGGCAUUCACCCUGGUAGCAGCUUCCGUCAUGGUCAUUAGGUACAAGCCGUCGCAACUUACCCAUCAGAUCCAAGAUAUAGCCGCAUUAUCAUCUAAGGCUGAGGACAGUGACCAAGACACCAACACUGUCCCGGAUAAAGCCAGCUUUUUAAACCCUAAGGAGAACGAACCAAUUCAAGGGGGUGAACUCAGGCAUCAGUUCAGGUUUCUGACCAUUAUGGCGCGCUGCGAGCCUGGUGUCGCCCCUCUGGUUUGUUUCUUCUCCACCACCUGUCUGCAGUUUGCGACUGUCUUUGUCAUCGUCGUCUUUGGCGACAACAUCAAAUCUGGAGACUGGUGGGUAAUCCUGCUCGUCAUAGUCCUGGGCAGCUCGGCUGUUCUAUUAAUCGUACCCAUCUUUCUCCAUGAGCAAGUGGACACAAAAUCUGCCUUCAAGGCACCAUUCGUGCCACUGACACCUAUACUGUGUGUACUGUGUAAUAUUAUCCUGGUGCUGCUGCUGUCUCCGGAUACUUGGAUCCGGUUUGCUGUAUGGAUGGCCAUAGGUAUUGUAAUUUAUUUGUUGUACGGCUACUGGCACAGCGAUGAACGCCUGGCUGUGAAGCAGAUGUCGAUCCCUAAAGAUCAAUACUGUGUGCUGAAAAAUGACGAGAAUACUGCAACAGAGUGUGUCAUGGAAGGAUCACUCAGUAUGCCACAACCCAGCAAAAACGAAACAGAAGAAUUUUUGGAUUAAAUACUUACUCCGCAUAAUAAGCCUUUAAUCUGUAAGCAAGCUUCACCCUGGUAAAAUGACUAGGCCUACAGCUUUUUUUCACGUGUGAGCGACGUGAGGUUCCUGUUAUAUUCGUCUGUUGAUAUUUGAGGAGGGCCCUCAUAGUCAGUAAAAAUCUAGUCUUUUUUGCUGACUGAUGAGGCUUUCCCUCAUAAAAACGGGGUAAGUUUCGUAACAUUUUAUUUUCAAAUGUGCAUGUACGACUUGAAGCUUUGCUUUUCUUCCAGUGGCCUUUGAAGGAGGUAAACUGAAAAAAUGUUAACAGUUCAAAAGAAUGUGUAAUUGUUGGAGGAGCGUUUUUUGGAUGAGGCAAUUACUCAGACAAAGAACGUACCGUUGUUUCAUCCCAGAAAUUCGCUUUUCAAUACGAAUGACUGGGUCAGGGACUUUAGUUCGGAAAUUGUGUGUUUGCAAAUUGCCAACCUGCUUUCAAAUCAGUACGUACCAGCUUGGGCUGGCAAUACGUCUUUCGCAGAAAUUAUGGCUCAUCAAGACAAUUUGUCCUUUUGUUUCUUUGGUAUGAAUCUAACAUUGUAAUUAACACUUUUAUCUUCUGUGGCUGGUCACCCUUUCCUAGCUUUUGCUCUUGUCUAUUUCUUUCUUGGAUUCCUACUCCAUCCCAUUAACGAAGCCAUCGAACUCCAUCACCGACUACCACAAAAUGGAAGUUGACAAUUAUUUGCCAAAAGAGUACCACUUCAGUACUUAAGUUCCAAAAACUCCGAGUUUUAAAGUGUUCAGCUCUUCCGUGAAUUAAAUCCCUGAGUCUUACAACUCCAAAAGCUCCGAAGCGUAAAUUAAAUGAAGUUGCCUUAAUCCGAUAAAGUUCAUUAUAAAUACUGUAAGUAUUUAACUGGUCCAUAUUCUCUUCCGACAGUGUGCUCAAGUUAGUUGCAUGAUUCCAGAAGAUAUAAGGGGAGCCUUUCUACUUUUACGUCUCUACUGUUCUUUGAACUUUAAGGCGAACACAAAAGUUGAUGGAUUUUUACCAUGUAGAAAUAGAUUCGUUAAUGACUCAGUCUUUGCAGGUCCGUGGGUAUGUUCAUUUCAAUUCUAUUAUACAAUUUAUAUCAAAUACCAAAUUUAGUUUUGCCUUUCCUAUUGGUCGAGAGCCCACCACGAUACAUGGCUAAAGGUAGUAAAUGUGUGUUAGCCCAGUCUUUUUAAGUUUUGUUUUUUACACAAACAUGGAUUUAUUCCUUACAUCAAGACGAUGUAAUAAAACUUGGAAACUUUGCAAUGUGGUGGUAUGACUUUCAAGUGGGGAAGGUGUACGGCGCGGCACCAUUUUUGUGAAUGUUAGGGAGACGUUAUAUGUUAAUAGUAAUAUGAAUUCGUUACUUUAAUUGUAUUCAAAAUUUCAGUGUAUUCAAAAAUUGAAGGCUUAAUGCAGAGAGCUUACAAUUUUCCCGAGGACAGCAGUAAACGAAAGAAGUGUAUACUUUGAAUAUGGCAUAUCCGCCGGACCGUACAAUAAAAUGAAUCAGGCAGACUUUGAGUACGCUUUAUUUCCGACGGCACUUUACCUCCUUAUUUUUUUAAUUUAAAUUUGAGAUACGAGAAUUUAGCUCAUUCAUGAUUAAUUUCAACAAGUUAUUAUGACAGAUGUAUUAUUCUUGUACUAAUAUUUACUCACAAGUUGUUCUAACGAAAUAAAGACGAUGAUAUAGUUUUGCCAUCAUAAUCGUUCCAUAUGGCGGCGCUACUAUCAAUAAAAUGCGUCCAUAUCGAAUGAACUGCACAGGCUCGUUUGUAUAACAUUGGAUAUUGUACUCGUACAGUCGUUGUAUGGAUAAACUUGUAUAAUUAUGCAUGUGUACAAAUGGAUUACCAAACAGUGUCGUCAGACAUAGUCCCGGACCAAUGCCUUCUGAAUGAAAGGCACAAAUCACCUGACUCUUCCAUGUAAAUUCACCUGGCUCCACUUCCAUAGCAACAGGCACGCAAUUGGCCCAUUAGAACGGAUAAAACAUUGCAAUUAAUGCAUUAACAUGGACCUUAGAACACAAUUUGCUGGCAGUCAUUAAUUUUGGCUGCAACUCAUAUCAGCCUUGAGCCGUGUUUGCAUUGCAUUUGAUGCAAACUAUGGGACAGAGAGAACCCCCUCCCUAAUGUGUCGGUCAUUGUUGUACUGGUAUCUCAGGAAUUCUUUUCAGACAUGGGGGGGAUGUGUUAAGUGCCAAUAGGCUGGAGUGUGGAUAGAA